GAGUGACAUUUUAACAGGCACAAUGCUACAUACUUUGUGGCUGAUUCUCCUGCUGGAUUUAGAAAAUGGACUUCCCAUCGAAGCUCUUUCCGUGAGGUUGGUAGAUGGUUUUGACCAUUGUUCUGGACGAGUGGAGGUUCUCUAUAAUGGAACAUGGGGAACAGUAUGUGAUGAUAACUGGGAUCCAACAGAUGGUGGAGUGGUGUGUAGAGAGAUGGGGUGUGGGAUUAUUAUUGAAGCAACAUCAGUUGCUUAUUUUGGAGAAGGUUCAGGAGAAAUAUGGAUGGAUGAAGUAGGUUGCGAUGGGGCUCAAUCCUCACUGACGGAAUGUCCAGCAAAUGGAUGGGGAAUACAAGACUGUAAUCAUUCCGAGGAUGCUGGAGUGAUCUGUCAAUCUGAACCACUUGUUAGGUUGGUAAAUGGCAUGGACUCAUGUUCUGGAAGAGUGGAGGUUUUCUAUGACGGUCAGUGGGGAACAGUGUGUGAUAAUGGCUGGGGUCCAUUAGAUGCUGCAGUGGUGUGUAAAGAACUGGGCUGUGGGGAUCUUAUAGCAGCCAAGACUGAUGGAUAUUUUGGUCAAGGUUCAGGACAAAUAUGGAUGGACAAUGUACAUUGUAAAUCAAAUGACACUAAACUGAUGAAAUGUGAAUUUAAUGGAUGGGGAAUACAUGAAUGUGAACAUAUAGAAGACGCUGGGGUCAUCUGUAGCCCGCUUGUUAGGUUGGCGAACAUGGCUGGCCGUUUCGCUGGGAGAGUGGAGGUUUUCCAUGAAGGACAGUGGGGAACCGUGUGUGACUAUGGCUGGGAUCUAUUGGAUGCUAAUGUUGUGUGUAGAGAGCUGGGCUUUGGGAGUGCUGCAGAUAUAGGAAAUAGCUCUUAUUUUGGCCGGGGCUCAGGACCAGUGUGGGUAUAUAAUGCACAAUGCACUGGAAGUGAGGCAAGUUUAAAGAGAUGUCCAUCAAUGGUAUGGCAGGCUCAAAACUGUACUCAUGAUAGAGAUAUGGGAGUCUUCUGUCAAGCCAAUGUCAGGGUAAAUACUAGCAGUUGUUCUGGGAGAGUGGAGGUUCUUCAUAAUGAUCAGUGGGGAACAGUGUGUACCGAUUACUGGGAUACUAAAGAUGCUGAAGUGGUGUGUAAAGAGUUGGGGUGUCCAACCGGUGCUGAAGCAAAGAAAUAUACCUAUUUUGGACAGGGUUCGGGACCAAUAUGGAUGGAUAAUGUACAAUGUAUGGGGAAUGAAACAUCACUGAAGGACUGCAGUUUAAAUGGAUGGGGAACACAUAACUGUACCCAUGUAAAUGAUGCUGGAAUCAUCUGUCGAGAGGGUAGACUGGUUAAUGGGGACAAUAAGUGUUCCGGAAGAGUGGAAUACCACUACUGGGGACGAUGGGGAACCAUCUGUGAUAUUGGCUGGGAUGCUACAGAUGCUGCGGUGGUGUGUAAACACAUGGGUUGUGGGACCCCUAUAGAAGCAAAGACUGGAGCUUUUUUUGGACAAGGCUCAGGACAAAUAUGGCUGGAAGAUUUGAAUUGUUUUGGGAAUGAAUCCAAAUUGAUUCAGUGUCCAUCAAGUGGACUGGGAGUCAGCAGCUGCAACCAUAGACAAGAUGCUGGGGUCAUCUGUCGAGAAGUGAAGUUGGUGGGCGGUGUCAACGCAUGUGACGGCAGAGUUGAGAUUCUUUAUGAUGGUCACUGGGGAGCAGUGUGUUACAAUGGUUGGGAUCUAAUAGAUGCUACAGUUUUGUGUAGAGAGCUGGACUGUGGUGACAUUGCAGAUGUGAAGGGAUAUAUUGGUCCUGUGGGGCCAGUGUGGAUGGAUAAUCUCAGCUGUACAGGAAAAGAGUGGACAGUGCGAGACUGCCCUUUCACUGGGGGUGUGAGCAGUUGUUUGAAUGGGGUUCAUGCAGGAGUUCUUUGCACAAAAUUUGUGAGAAGAAAUGCAGUAAGGAUUUUAGUGAAGGCUAAUCCUGGAGUCAAUGUCAAUGACCCAGAUAUCAUGAAGAACCUUUUAAACCAGAUGAUCAAAAUAGUUCAAGGUUCAAAUAAGAAGAAGUUUACUGUGACAUGGAGAACACACUCUGAUGGGCUUGUAUUCCACAGAGAGAACACAAUGGCAGGUCAGGGGUCACAGAGCCUUACUCCUUGCAUGACAAAUAACUAAUGACUAAUUAUACUGCAUACAGAAUCUGGUUGCCAGAGCAACAUUUUGCCAGGGAUAGCCUGUGGUUUGAUGGAUCCACAUAAGCAGAUCCCAGCAGAGGGAGCUCAGUGUCUUGCAAACUACAUGACUAGUUAAACAAAUUGAGUAGAUCUAUUUGAAACCUUCCUUUGAGUUUGCCUGAGAAAUAGAUGUCCUAUGAAAGAGUUACAGUGCUGAUGUGUACUGUAUAUGCAGCUCUUUUAAAUAUAGAAAUACUGAUUAUUGUAAAGAAAUUAAAUGUAUAUAAUGUACAAUGUAUAUAGAUUCUUUUUUUUUUCAAAAACAGCAUAUAUUAUAUUUCUUUGUUGUAAGCUUAUAAUGUGUUCAAUUUAUACAUCGAUGUUAAUAAUAAGCAAUGUUAAAGAUGAAUCAAGAUUUAAUCUUCUUUCAUUUUAUAUACUUAUUACAUUGUGUUUAAAUUUUUCAGUGAAAUAAGUGCAACGUUUCUAUUUUCUUUAAAUAAAUAACUUUCAGAUCUAUAAGGUUUGAAUAAUAGACAUUGUUGUGCAUUGAGUUCUCACAGCAGUUAAAGGGAUAGUUCAUCCAAAAAUGAAAAUUCUCUCAUCAUUUACUCACCCUCAUUCCAUCUUAGAUGUGUAUGACUUUCUUUCUUCUGCUGAACACAAAAAAACCUCUGUAGGUCCAUUCAAUGCAAGUAAAUGGGUACAAACAUUUUGAAGCUCCAAAAGCACAUAAAGUCAGCAUAAAAGUAAUCUAUAAGUCUCCAGUGGUUAAAUCCAUAUCUUCAGAAUUGGUAUGAUAGGGACCCCCCAUAAGAAAUAAAAAAUAGACUUGGGGCUGGAGUCCCCAAAUAAAGAUAAUAAUCACAUUUUUAUAUGUAACAUUGCCCAGACUGAAUAUAUAUAUAUAUAUAUAUAUAUA